GCUCAAGUGUCAGACAGAGCAGUGCUGGAGAGGCAGUGAGAGACUGACGAUAGACUGGUCUUGUGUCUCCUGGUACUAUCCUCACAUUAUAAGAUACAGCCAUGGCCAGAAACCUACUGAAUAAUCCCAGUGGGGAGGAGCAGUUUGAGUACUGGGAGCUGACAGAGAACGGUGGGAACCAGUGGCAGGUGGAAGACUUACCAGGAGACUGUGGCUAUGACUUCUGUAAUGACGGAGUGACGAAGUACUUCACCACUUCCUUUGAGAUGUGUCUCAAGAGGCAAGUGAUUGAUUUAUUGGCAGAGGGUUAUUCUCCUGAAGAGUUGGAUGCCCAGCCCACCGUCAAUGUGGAGGACUGGUACUGUGGGAGGACAGACUGUGGCUGCAUCUACCAGAUGACCGUCUGUCUGUUGGAUGAGAAUCAGGAGGUGCUUCAGGAGUUCAAACUGGACCCAGUCACUCUUGACCCUGACUGUGAUGACUGCUCAUGGAAACAGGUGAGCCACGUGUUCUCAGAGUACGGCCCUGGGCUACGAUUCAUCUUCUUUGAACACGGAGGAAAAGACACCAAGUACUGGAACGGAUGGUUUGGAGUCCGAGUUACUGGGAGCUCUGUUACUAUAGGGGUCUGAGGCAGAGAUGGG